GAGAAGAGGAAGCGGAUUCUUGGCGAAGAACAUCCUGACACCAUCUCAGCAAUGAACAACCUCGCCAGCACGCUGGGCGAUCAAGGCAAGCUGGAAGAAUCAAUUACGAUGUUGAAGAAAGCAUAUAAGAAGAUAAUCGUGCUCCUUGGUGAUUAUCACCCACAUUCAAAGAUUCUCUGCGCCAAUCUUACACAACGCUCACUUGGAAAAUUUGCCGCACUAUUCCUUCAAACUCCCAAAGAGAGCCAAGAGGAGUUAUGCCAGCAGUCGUUGUCUGAUUUCGAGCAGACUUUCGGUUCUCGACAUCCGUCUACUAUUUUUCUCACGAAGGUUAUCGCUGACCUCUAUAAGCAUCAGGACGAGUUCGACAAAGCAGAGUCGAUGUACCACCGAGCACUAGAU